GUACUGUUUCUCUCUGAUACCUCUUUCUAUCUAAUUUUUUCUUUUGUUUCCAUAUUUCUAUAUUAUUUUAAAAUGGCUUGUCGUUGUCUUCGAGUUGAUCAACUGGAUGCUCAUGUUCUUGAUAGUGAGAUUCGAUCAAUUGCACAAGAUUCAGUAGAUGAUGUUGUCAAUCAAAUGCCUCUAUGGGUUGCCAGAAUUUUUGAAAAAUUGAGACCCGAAUUAAAAGUUACAUUGGAAGCUGUUUUAUGGACGCACCGGUUUUCAAGAGGCGCUUCACCUGGUCAAGAACAAAUGGAUAUUGCAUACGCGGGAUAUACUCCAAAAUUGAUAACUAGUCAUUUUAUGGUUGAAGUAAUUGUUCCAUAUUUAACACGACGAAUGUCAGAAUUGAGUGGAAGAAUUGAUAUUUCCAGAAUGUAUUCUAAGAUUGAGGCAAUUUAUGAACUCGGCAGCCUUCUCCAUUUUCUCUAUUUCCUUCGAUCAGGUGGUCAUUCUACAAUAACUGAAAGCAUUUUUUCUCUUCGUAACUGGAACAACCAUCAACCAACGAUAUCUUCGAUCAACUACGACACUCAGAAUCGGGAACUUAUGUGGCACGCGUUUCGUGACGUCAUCCUCCUCACAUACCCAUUCAUUGAAAAAGCCCGCCAACGAAUUGUCAAAAAACAGAAAUUGGAUCGAAAAUUCACAUCUUCGAUAGGAUCAUCUGAUAUUGAAUGUGUUGUGUGUGACAAGCCGUCAGUAAUUCCUAUGGUUGGGCAGAAGUGUGGACACGUGGCAUGUUAUACGUGUAUUGCCACGUCACGAAACAUGACGUGUCCAUUGUGCUCAGAAAAUGCUGAGCCAAUGGAGUUCUUGGCGAAAAAGUUGAAGAAUCCGAUUCUGAUUGAAUAGUAGUUGUACAAAUUGCAUUGAGAAAUUGAUGAGAAAUGAAGGAGAGCAAAGAAAACGGGUUGAAUGAAGAGUUUUGUCGAAAUACCUGAAAUUUUUUUUGUUAAUUGAUCAAUAAAUUAUUUGGCUCUAAAA